UCUUUGAUUUCAGAGAGAAAAAAACAAAAUAUAUCUCAAUACAUACAUGUACAUAUCAUACAGAACAGAAGGAGAUAAUCAUAAUCAUAGUGGGCAUAGUAUCCCCUUCUGUCACUCUCAAAUUCUGCGCUUUCACCCCUCUCUGACAACUAGUAUCAUCAACCUUUUCUCUCUCCUCUCUCCUCUCUCUCUCUCUAUUUAUCUUUUGAGAAAGCAAAGAUAGUGACUGAAAAAGAAAAAUGGUUGAGGACCCAGAAAAGUAGAGCCUUAAAUAAGUGAGAUUUUAUGAUGAAGAAAAGCUCAUCAUACACAUUCAUGGCUGUUGUCAAACAUGCUCAUUGCUUGCAUUCAAUGACCAUGUCCUUCCUCAAUCUCCACCUCUCUCUUCUUUUCUUCUUAGUUCUGUCAUUUGCAACUCUCUGUCUCUCAUACGAGCCUCGAAACCAUGAAGUUGAAGCUUUGAUUACUAUCAGAAAUUCUAUGAACGAUCCUCAUGGUGUUCUGAACAAUUGGGAUGAAGAUUCUGUAGACCCAUGUAGUUGGGCUAUGAUCACUUGUUCCCCUGACAAUCUUGUCACUGGACUAGGAGCCCCAAGUCAAGGUUUAUCAGGAACUUUGUCUGGAAUGAUAGCAAACCUUACAAACCUUCGACAAGUAUUGUUGCAGAACAACAAUAUCUCCGGCCUAAUCCCACCGGAGCUCGGUGCUCUUCCCAACCUUCAAACCUUGGAUCUGUCCAAUAAUGGGUUCUCUGGUCACGUGCCAGAGUCUCUGGGUCUCUCGAGUGGCCUUCAAUAUCUGAGAUUGAACAACAAUAGCUUGACUGGAGCUAUUCCUUUGUCUUUAGCCAAAGUCCCUCAGCUUGCUUUCUUGGACUUGUCUUAUAACAAUCUCCAUGGACCCGUGCCCAAAUUUCCUGCCAGAACAUUCAAUGUUGUGGGUAACCCUCUCAUUUGUGGAAGCCACUCCACUGAAGGUUGCUCCGGAUCGGCCAUCCCUAUCCCUCUUUCUUCUACUCUGAAUUCAUGGAGUGGAACAAAUAGCUCCAAGAAACUGGGUAUUGCACUUGGGGUGAGCUUGAGCUUUACCUUUCUCAUCCUCAUAGCGGUUGCUCUCUUCUUUUGGAGGAAAAAUAAAAAGAAAAAGCAAAGCAUUCUCAACAUCAGUGACAUGCAAGAAGAGGGUCUGAUGAGCCUUGGCAAUCUGAGAAACUUCACAUUUAGAGAACUCCAAGUUGUCACAGACAAUUUUAGCUCCAAGAACAUACUUGGUGCUGGGGGUUUUGGGAAUGUGUACAAGGGAAAGUUGGGGGAUGGAACAAUGGUGGCGGUGAAACGACUAAAGGACGUUGUUGGAACUGCCGGUGAAUCACAAUUUAGGACUGAACUGGAGAUGAUUAGCCUUGCGGUCCAUCGGAAUUUGCUGCGGUUGAUGGGAUAUUGUGCCACACCAAACGAGAGGUUGCUGGUGUAUCCUUACAUGUCUAAUGGCAGUGUGGCCUCAAGGCUUAGAGAAAAACCAGCACUAGACUGGAACACUAGGAAGAGAAUUGCAAUUGGAGCUGCAAGGGGUCUUCUCUACCUACACGAGCAAUGUGAUCCGAAGAUAAUUCACAGAGAUGUGAAGGCAGCUAACAUUCUGUUGGAUGACUACUGUGAAGCUGUUGUUGGUGACUUUGGCCUUGUGAAGCUACUUGACCACGCUGACUCCCAUGUCACCACAGCUGUACGUGGGACUGUUGGGCACAUUGCACCGGAGUAUCUCUCAACUGGCCAAUCGUCUGAGAAGACUGAUGUUUUUGGAUUUGGAAUUCUCUUGAUAGAACUCAUCACCGGGAUGAGAGCUCUUGAAUUUGGCAAGACAGUUAAUCAGAAAGGAGCAAUGCUGGAAUGGGUGAGGAAGGUGCAGCAAGAAAAGAAAAUUGAAUUGCUGGUGGAUAGAGAGUUGGGGAGCAAUUAUGACCGGAUAGAGGUCGGAGAGAUGCUACAAGUGGCUCUACUUUGCACUCAAUACUUGCCGGCCCACCGCCCCAAGAUGUCUGAAGUGGUGAGAAUGCUUGAGGGCGAAGGCCUUGCUGAAAAAUGGGCUGCUUCUCAUAACCAUGUUAAUCCCAACACAAAUUUCAUCUUUGCCAACAAGAACAACAAAAUUCAGUCCCACCCUACCAGAGUCCCAAGGCAUGAAGACAAUGAUCAUGACAUGUUUGGCAUGGUGAUGGAUGAUGACUACGAUUCCCAUGCCAUGGAACUCUCUGGUCCAAGAUAAAGGAAGGUAGCAAAAGACAGAAGAAAGUAGAUUCUUUCAAAUUCUUUAUUUAAAGGUGGAGUUGACUUCGUUUUUUAGGGUAAAAAACAAAAAGUAACUAAGGCUUUACCAAACCCAUGCCAUUUUUCAAACAUUUUUUCCAAAACCAAGUAGUUUUGAACUUAUUUCCUAAACUCAUUGCUUUGUGAGGCAUGAAGUAUAAAUUUUUAUUAAAAAAAUCUGGUCCCAUCAUCUGGAAAACUUUGUUCCAUUCACUUCUUUACCAUCCGACAUUCCAUAUGCAACUCAAUGUUCCCUGUCAAUAUUAAUUGAAUUCUGUGUAAGAAGUUCGUUUGGUUUUGAAUGAAAUACUUUAUCUAGAAUCCCAACCUAAUGACCCAACUUUAUCCUAAGUUGUAUUUUGAAAACAUGUCUUUUAAGCCUGAAGUCAUGUUUUGAAAACAGACUUUAGAAAACAAAACAUGUGUUUGGAAAGUAAGUUCAAAGUAACAUCAGGGAAAGAAAUUUUGAAAAACUUGGGUUUAGUGAAAAAAAAACCUCAGGUAUCUCUCUCUCUCUCUCACUCUCAUCUCUUCCUUUUAGCUGCUGGGUUUGUAAAUCUUUUUCCUAAGCCAAAACAACUGUUCUUGAUUGAAUAGGUUUAGAAAUCUGUAUGUCUUUGUUAUUUAUAUUGAUUAAUUGGGUUUGCGUGGAA